UUCAACAAGGAGAAGAUGGAGGCGCCAUUUGUGAGGAAGACUUAUGACAUGGUGAAUAACCCCGAGACAGACUCCAUUGUUUCCUGGAACUCGGAUGGAUCUCGCCUUGUCGUUUGGGAUGUUCAUAAGUUUGCUGCAGAAAUCCUGCCCACCUUCUUUCGCCACAGCAAUCCCUCGAGCUUUUUCUGCCAACUCAACUCAUACGGCUUCAGGAAAGCGGAUUGGGACAGAUGGGAGUUCCAGCACCAAUGGUUUCAGAGAGGGAAGAAGACUUGGCUCAAUAAAAUCAAGAGAAGAACUACCAGAAGUUCACAACGGGCACCAAUCCCAUUGCAGGAUCAGCAGCAGCAGAAGCAUCAAUCCCCACACGACGAAGAAACGAGUGGAGAGAAAGCAGAAGAGGAAAUCAAAGAAAUGUUGGACGAGCAAAACGGUAUGAAAAUGGAAAUCAAACAUCUCCAAGAAAACCUAGUAAUUCUGGCAAAGAAGUUAGCCUCCAUCAGAGAAGCAGACACCCCAGAUGUAAAGGGAAGAAAGCUGUUUCUGCUCAUGGCACAAGAUUUUCUUGAAAGUACAAAGGGCAAAAUCCCAGUAGAAGAAGAAUCACCAAAUGCUAUUCAGGAGAACAAGGAAAGCAACGAUGUUUUAGCCCGAAGUGAAAGCCAUAAAAGAUUGGAGAAGUUGGUGGAGGAAGGGGAAGACAUUAUGAUCGGAAUCGAGUAUUUGCUGGAAGGGCCAGCUGAUUGGGAGGAUUAUGUGAAGAAACUUGAGGAGAAAGGAGCUGGUCUUAAAAGCAGGCCAUGAAAAACAUCAUUACAUUGAUAUACAU